AUGGACAAUAGUCCACUCAAUUCAAAGAAAGUUGCGGAAGGAAUUGAUUAUUUAACAAGAUUUGGCUAUUUGGUGACUGAUGAUCCCAGAACGGGGAAACUUAGAAGCCAACAAGAUUUAGAAAAAUCCAUCAAAAUGUUACAGCGUUAUGGUGGUUUACCGGAAACAGGCAACUUAGACGCGGCUACGAUUAAGCUCAUGGGAGAAUCCCGUUGUGGUGUGUCGGACUUUGGUAAGACGGAUAACACUCGAAGAAAGAAGAGAUACACGUUGCAAGGGUCACGAUGGAAGAAACACGAUCUGACAUACAAAAUCAAAUCUUUCACAUCAGACAUCAGGGACACUGAGAAACAACGGCAAACCUUCAGAAAGGCGUUCAAGUUAUGGAGUGAUGCAACCAAUCUGCGAAUUAACGAAAACAGAUACGCUGAUGAUAAAGACGUUGAUAUUCACAUCAGUUUUGAGACCGGUUACCAUAGUGAUGCUUACCCGUUUGACGGAGCAGGCGGAACUUUGGCGCAUGCGUUCUACCCUCAUAACAACUUAGGCUUAUCGGGUGACGCGCAUUUUGACGAUGGUGAGCGAUUCACCAUAGGAGCAAAGGACGGCAUCAACUUGGACUGGGUGGCGGUUCACGAGUUUGGACACAGUCUGGGCCUGGAACAUUCCAACGUGCGGGAAUCCAUCAUGUACCCUUGGUACAAAGGUUACAAGGAGAACAUCAAGCUUACCUAUGACGACAUACAGGGAAUUCAGGCGCUUUAUGGGAGACCAGCACGGCCGACAAAUCCUGCAGCGGCGACGCCGAAACCAGCAACUACCAAGCCUCCCGUCCCUGAGGAAAAUGAUGUCUGUUCUAUGAGCUCGUACGACACGUUCUUUCUUGCCCCUGACAAGAAAACGUACGCGCUGAAGGGUACGCAGUACUGGAUCAUCUCAUCUGGGAGCGGUGCAGGCCUGGAGAGUGGGCCUCAUAGGGUGACUGAUUUGUGGAAGGAACUCCCGAGCAAGAUUGACGCUGCUUACAGGAAAAGCGCUAACAGGCUGGUGUUCUUCAGCGGAGCUAAGGUCUGGCAAUAUUAUUACAGAAGCGAGCGAGAUACCUAUUACAUCGAGUACAACGGACCGCGCGAUUUCAGGCAAUAUGGGUUGCCAAUGGACUUGAAAGAUAUGGACGCUGCCUUUGUUUGGGGAAGAAACAGCAGAACGUACUUCUUCAAAGGCGACAAGUAUUGGCGCUACAACGGACGCAAGAUUGAUUACGGUUACCCCAAAAGCACCAGUGUUUGGAAAGGACUACCUGCCCAUAUUGAUGGAGCCAUGAAGUGGAGGAAUGGAAAGAGCUACUUCUUCGCUGGAAGUACAUACUACAGAUUUGAUGAUUGGGAGCUUCAAAUCGAGGCUGAUUAUCCCAAGAGUAUAGCUUUGAAGUGGAUGCGUUGUACGAAGGAUAAUCUGGGAGUGAUCACAACCACUGCGACACCAGGCGUAACGCAAAACACGACCCAAGGGUAUCAUGGAUGCGAUCAUGUCCACGAACAAUCGUUUGGAUCAGCAGUCUACCCCAGUCUUGUCACGCUCUGUUCUUUACUAAUAGUUAUUUUAACACUGAACUUUUAAGACGUCGUUUUAAGUAUUUAUUUAUCAUUAGACGUUAAAACAGAGACACAAGUAAUUAACGUGUAUGAAAGAUAUAAACGGUUUCUUCUUUUAGUAAAGGAUGCAUGUAGUUUCAUCCUUAACGGUUACGUGGGUCGUCACGCAAUCUUCAUUUCCUUGAGGUGGGUUGCAUGACAAAACCACGUAACGGCUGCUGCAGCGACUUAGAAAAUAAUAUUUUAAAGUACUGGAAAGUGAAGAAAAUUUUUAGAACACCGUUUUGUUUUCCGCUGGAAAC